AUGCUGCCCAUCCGCCGUCUCUCUCCUCUUCUCGUCCGCGCCUCUCGUGCCGCCGCUACCACCACUACCAACCUUUCCUCUCGCUAUGUCAACCUCCAGCCUUCCGAUCCCAGCACGUCCACCACCCCUCACCUCAACGCCGCAGAACGUUCACAGCUCGGGCAGAUAAUCCGUGUUGACCAGGCGGGGGAGAUCGCCGCAAAUUGGAUAUAUGCGGGUCAGAUGGCGGUAUUGGGUAGGGAUAAGAAGACGAGACCGCUUAUCCAGGAAAUGUGGGACCAGGAAAAGAAGCAUCUCCUCGUUAUGGACCGGUUGCAAGCGCAACACCGUGUUCGUCCUACUAUCCUAGCUCCUGUAGCGCAGAUUGCGGGCUUUGGGCUGGGUGCGGUGACUGCUCUCAUGGGACGGGACGCGGCGAUGGCAUGUACAGAAGCAGUGGAGACAGUCAUAGGAGAGCACUAUGAUGAUCAACUCAAGGCGCUGGAAAGCAUGCCCCGACAUCCGAGUCUGAGCUUACUCAAGGAUGUCAUCGUCGAGCUGCGAGAUGACGAACUGGAGCAUCUCGGUACGGCGGUAGAGAACAAUAGUCAACGCACACCACAGCAUGCGCUGCUUACCACCAUCGUAGAGACGGGGUGUAAGGUAGCGAUCGAGCUUUGCAAGCGGGUUUGAUGUGCUGUACUCCUGUGUGUUUUUAGCCCACCUCCUCCCGCACACAUCUGUACAGAAUUCUGUGGACCACACAAUCUCAAAAAGGGCUUUUGCGCCUUGCGCAAGGCGUCACUUAU